AUGCCUCCGUUCCUGCUUCUCACCUGCCUCUUCGUCACCAUUACACCUGCGUCACCAAUGGCCCUAGAUCCCUGUUCCGCCUACAUCAGUCUGAAUGAGCCCUGGAGGAACACUGAGCACCAGUUGGACGAAUCUCAGGGUCCGCCUCUGUGUGACAGCCACGUGGACGGGGAGUGGUACCGCUUCACCGGCAUGGCGGGGGACGCCAUGCCCACCUUCUGCAUACCCGAAAACCACUGUGGGACCCACGCCCCCGUCUGGCUCAACGGCAGCCACCCUCUGGAGGGUGACGGCAUCGUGCAGCGCCAGGCCUGUGCCAGCUUCAACAGGAACUGCUGCCUCUGGAACACCACGGUGGAGGUCAAGGCGUGCCCCGGAGGCUACUACGUGUAUCGUCUGCCCAGGCCCAGCGUCUGCUUCCAUGUCUACUGUGGCCAUUUUUACGACAUCUGCGAUGAGGACUGCCACGGCAGCUGCUUGGACACCGAGUGCAGGUGCGCGCCAGGGACCGUGCUGGGCCCCGACAGGCAGACAUGCUUUGAUGAAAACGAAUGUGAGCAGAACAAUGGUGGCUGCAGUGAGAUCUGCGUAAACCUCAAGAAUUCCUAUCGCUGUGAGUGUGGGGCUGGCCGUGUGCUGAGAAGUGAUGGCAAGACUUGCGAAGACAUUGAAGGAUGCCACAACAGCAAUGGCGGCUGCAGCCAUUCUUGCCUUGUGACCGAGCAGGGCUACCAGUGUGAAUGCCCCCGGGGCCUGGUGCUGUCUGAGGACAACCACACUUGCCAAGUCCCCGUGCUGUGCAAGACCAGCACCAUCGAGGUGAGCGUGCCCCGGGACCUGGUGGGCGGGCUGGAGCUCUUCCUGACCAACACGUCCUGCCGGGGCCUGUCCAACGGCACCCACGUCAACAUCGUCUUCUCCCUCAGGACGUGCGGCACGGUGGUCGACGUGGUGAAUGACAAGAUCGUGGCCAGCAACCUGGUGACGGGGCUCCCCAAGCAGACGCCCGGGAGCAGCGGGGACAUCAUCAUCCGGACCAGCAAGCUGCUGAUCCCCGUGACCUGCGAGUUCCCGCGCCUCUACACCAUCUCCGAGGGCUACGUGCCCAACCUGCGCAGCGCGCCCCUGGAGCUCCGGGGCCGCAGCCGCGGCGUCUUCCCCUUCACGCUGGAGAUCUUCCGGGACCGCGCGUUCGCCCAGCCCUACCGGGAGGCCCUGCCCUCCCUCAAGCUCCGGGACUCCCUCUACUUCGGCAUCGAGCCCCUGGUGCACGUGAGCGGCCUGGAGAGCCUGGUGGAGAGCUGCUUCGCCACCCCCACGUCCAAGAUCGACGAGAUCCUCAAGCACUACCUCAUCCGGGAUGGCUGUGUUUCAGAUGACUCCGUGAAGCAGUACACCUCCCGGGAUCACCUAGCGAAGCACUUCCAGGUCCCUGUCUUCAAGUUUGUGGGCAAAGACCACAAGGAGGUGUUCCUGCACUGCCGGGUGCUGGUGUGCGGGCGGCUGGAGGAGCACUCCCGCUGCGCCCAGGGCUGCCACCGGAGGGCGCGGCGGGCGGCCCGCGGGGAGGACGCCCUGCACCCGGGGGAGGACUCCCUGCACCCGGGGGAGGACUCCCUGCACCCCGGGGAGGACGCCCUGCACCCCGGAGAGGACGCCGGUCUGCAGAGCCAGGUGCUGACAGGCGGCCCAAUCCACAUCGACUGGGAGGACUAG